UUGUAAAGAAGCUCUGAAUUAAAAUUAUAGUGUGUUAUGAUAUUGUUAAUUUGUAUAUAGUACUUUCUCGUAAACAUUGGAAGUGUUUGGUUCGGUUGAACUGACAUUGGAAUCUGACCUGAACACAAGAGGUGCUGGUAAUUAUUAAAAGACAGAAAACCUCCCAACAUUGAUUUCUGGGCCGCCCGUCGCUUUUCCAAUAGGUUGUACAAUUAUCGAUCUCAGCGAGCAGUGGCGAACACUCUACCGUGGCUUGACGAUUCACUGAUGCUUGUUGAUCAUAUCUAAGUUCCCUAUCAAACGACACUCUCUCCACAUUCAGUUUUCAGAGAAUUUUCUCCUGAAAUUCAUCGCAAUGUUAAGUGUGAUCAAAGUUCUUAUGAUGGCCGGGAGAGUAGAGGUACAUGAAGUAUGAUUGUAAGUGUCGUCUGAAGGAGGACAGCGGAAAUGGAACACCGCUUCUUCUGGCUUAUGAUUGGCGUUGCCUUCACGUUCUGUGACGUCAUCGCAGAGGAACCGUUCCUAUUGAAGAUUGGAGUUGUAAGCACGUGGAAGCAGAUUUUCACAGAACUUCUUCAGAGAAACGAACUUUCAUUGCCAUGCAGUCUGUUCAAUAUUACCAUACCAAAGCCAAAAUCACAGUAUGACAAAAUGCUCAAAGUGAAAGAUUUCCUGACCAAUAACCAAAUUGACGUCAUACUUGGUCCAUAUGAUGACGCCACUGGAAUUGUGGCCGACAAGUUGAAGAUUCCAUACAUCUGUACAACUGCUGCAAGACGCAACCUAAAGUAUACAUUCCAAAUCCUCCCCCCUCUGGAGGACUUCAGUCAAGCUAUCUUCGACAUGACCAAAAGCUAUGGCUGGGACAAAGUCAGUCUCUUUUACGAUGACACAAGAGGUGUGUACAUAAUGGAACAGUUGUUGACCAACCAUGACCUGAUGGUGAAGUCUUGGCACGUCGAGGCUAACCCCAACCCAAAGGUAAUAGAGAAGCAAGUCAGGGACCACCUUGUCCGGAUGAGGCAGGCUUUUGUUCAGAAAAGCAUCAUUUUCUGCUCCAAAGAACAUACGGAAAUCAUCCUGGAUCAGGCCAGGAGCUUGGCAAUGUUAUCUCAGCCCUCUGAGUGGUUUUUCUAUGACCCCGGAGACCAACUGGUUCCGGUUUUUAAAAAUUUCCCUGACGUUUUUGUGAAUUUCACGGUGUUUGGACUUAUGGAGUUUGAUAGUAGAAAUGAGAUUACGACAGUCGAAGAUUCCCGCCGCCUUAACAUCAGUCUGGCGGCCGAUUCUUUGAAGCUGGUAAAUACAACGAUUCCGAAAGUCUCCAGUGUUCCACGAAACGUGACUGCCACGACCAUCGCAGAUGAACUCCGAAAGAUAAGAAUUCCCGGCUAUACAGGGGAUAUUGAAUUUAGCCCCGAUGGCAGGCGAUAUAACUAUACAAUCAAAUUGUCCGAGAUAGAGGGACUUGAUUCGCUGCAGAGGUAUUCCAGCAAAAGUCAAGACUAUUGGUCAAACGGGAUUUUAUUGUAUCAUGUUGGAGUUUGGAAAUCUCAUUUCAACAACUCAGCCUCAAAAAUACAGUUUGAGGAAGUGAAAAGGUUAAACAGGAAUUACUCCUUCCCGUUAAAAGGAAGAACAGUGUCUGUGGUCAUGAUACUUGAAAAACCUUUUACGAUGCGGAAGAGGGAUUACAAACAACGCUUGGGUAAUGACCGAUUUGAGGGCUUUGCUGUUGACCUUAUAACGGAAGUGGCUAAAAUGCUUGAUUUCAACUUCGAAAUUUACCUGGUACAUGAUGGAAAAUUUGGAACAAAAAUGGAGACAGGAGAAUGGAAUGGAAUGAUUGGGGAGCUAUUGUCUGGUAAUGCCACAAUGCUGGUAGCUCCAUUGAGCAUCAAUUCACAGAGGGAGGAAGCAGUUGAUUUCACCAAACCAUUCAUGACACGUUACAUCAGUGUACUAAUGCGAGUCCCACAGUCUGAACAAUCUUACUUUGAGUUCCUUAACCCUCUCCAUCAAAACGUUUGGUAUUGUACGUUUGGUGCAUUUGUGAUGGUCAGUGUGAUUCUGUACUUUCUGGAAAGAUUUGGAAUCCCCCAGAACAAGGAAUAUCCUGCUAUUUCAUUUAGAGAGAGUUUCUGGUUUGUUUUCGGGUCCCUACUUCAAGGAAACACAGACGCCUCUCCUUCUACCCUUCCAGGGCGGAUUCUGACAAGUGCAUGGUGGUUUUUUGCACUCAUUUUGAUCUCAUCUUAUACUGCUAACUUAGCUGCUUUUUUAACAGUCAAAAAAAUUAACACUCCCAUAAAGUCUGUCACUGACUUAGCAUCGCAAACCAAAAUCAAAUAUGGCACAGUCAAAAGUAGUGGAAUUAUGUUUUUCUUUAAAAAUACAAAUAUUGAGCAUUUUGCCAAAAUGUGGGCGCAGAUGUCCGAAGUCGAUCCAUCUUCCAUGGUAGAUGAUACCGAAGAAGGUUUCAAAAAAGUUAAACAGGGCAAUUAUGCCUUUUUCUGGGACACAACUGUCAAUAAAUAUAAGACAAUAGAAGACUGCCAGUUUAUGGAGAUAGGGCCACAUUUCGACCCUAAGGGCUUUGGAAUCGGUGUCCCCCCAGGAGCCAUUUAUCGUGAGGACUUGUCCAUGGCCAUCUUAAGACUGAGUGACACAGGGAUGUUACAUCAACUAGAAAACAAAUGGUGGCCGCCGAGUCGCAACUGUCCAGAUCUGUCCAAACCGUCAGCAGACGAGACGUCAGAGCUCAGCAUCGACAGCGUGGCGGGAGUCUUCUUCAUUCUCCUUGGCGGGAUUGCUUUGGCGGGAAUUGUUUGUGGAUUUGAACACUUUGCAAAAGUUGUCAAGAAAGCGGCAAAAACGGAGAAAAAUAUGAAUGGGAAAAACAGUGAAAUUAAGGAAAGAGAGAGUUUCUUGUGAAAUAGAUUGUAAAUCAAAGACUCAGAAGAUACUACAGCGAUUUUAGACUGUACUGAUCCAGCUCGCAAAGGAAAAUGUAUUAAAAGCUGUCUAUAUGUAUAUUAUUUAUUUAUUUUUAAAAAAUAUAUUAAUUAAUAAAACAGUAAAAUAUUUUAA